AUGAAAAUGAAUCAAUGGGAGAUGAACAGGGGCUACGACUCAACCAUUAGGAAGUCUUGGAAUGGAUCUCUCCCACAAAAGGAGUGCCGAACUGUGGUAAUUGCCGGCGACGGUCAGCGUACAAGAACGUUGAUUGGUCAGACACCUUUAAGCUCCGCCCAUUCUAAGCCAAUCCAUCUCUUCCUAUUGGUUCUAGCUGUUAUAAUGGUCUUCAUCUUCGUAUCAGGACUUGUUUUAUACUACAAUUGAGGUAAUAUUAUAUCCCAGUGUCGCGAACUGCCGAUACCUAAUUGGAAUAACAACCAUCGACCGAAGCCGCCUCAGCCACCACCUCCGAUGUUCCGUUUCUUCUUGCUCUCGCGAAGACUGAAACCAGAGCAGAGGAGCUCGCUACAACUAGGACGUCCUUCGUUGCUAAUGAACUUCCACUAA